AUGGAUAACUUAACCGUACUAACAGAAGGGAGCAAGGUAUAUUCGGAAAAACGAAAGCGAAAAAAAGAACGACCAACUGAAGUGAUAUUUGAUGAAACUGCGAGACGAGAGUUUCUGACUGGAUUUCACAAGCGAAAACUUGAAAGAAAAGAAAAAGCAAGAGAAGCUGCUAUUCUGAGAGAAAAGAAGGCGAGAGCUGAAACGAGAAAAGCUGCCAAGGAGGCAAAAAAAAAAGAAAUUGAGGAAAAACUAAAAGCGUUUCAAUCGUUGAUUGAUCAUACCAACAUAAGUGAAAACGAUUAUGAUAGCGUUGACGAAGUUGAUGAUGACAGUGACAACGACUCUUCUCGCCAAAAACUGUCGGAAUAUAAAGCACCACAAACGUUAACUACCGUAACGAUUAUAGAGGACUUUGAUGUAUCGGAGGCGAUGAAUCAUGAUGGGGGUGACCCUAAAAGGAUCAAAUUAGAGGUCAAAGAAAGUGAUGGCCGAGAUGAGAAAACUGGAAUGGAUGCUAAAAAUUCUACCAAGAAUUCGAACAGCACCAAUAUAAAAAAUAGGGAUAAAAGGAAAGAUGUGAAAAAGAAAAAGUCCAAGAUACGUCACGGUCGAAAAACAAAGUCAUCCUCAUCGCUGAGAUCAAAAAGAAAUCGAAAAUGA